AUGCAGAGUCUCCUAGGAAAAAUUAAUUUUCUAAGGAGAUUCAUAUCCAAUUCUGCAGGAAAGAUCCAGCCUUUCUCGUCUUUGUUGAGAUUGAAACAAGAACAGAACUUCAAGUGGGAAGAACAGCACCAACAAGCUUUUGAGGAAAUCAAACGUUACCUCUCAAAUCCAUCAGUUCUGUCCCCACCAAAGAGAGGCAGACCACUCAAGCUCUAUGUAUCUGCAUCAGAGGUAUCCAUUGGAAGUCUGUUAGUACAAGAUAACAAAGAAGGGAAGGAGCAAGCAGUCUACUAUCUGAGCAGAACUCUGACAGAAGUAGAAAGAAAAUAUUCUCCAAUUGUAAGACUUUGCCUAGCCUUGUACUUCACGGCUGUGAAGCUCAGACAUUACAUGCUGCCAUACACCAUCUACAUCAUUGCCAAGACAGAUUUGAUUAAAUACAUGCUGACCAGGCCAAUGUUGAGAGGCAGAAUAGGGAAAUGGACCUUGGCCUUAACAGAAUUUGCCUUCAGAUAUGUUCCUCAGAAAGCUAUCAAAGGACAAGCUGUGGCAGACUUCGUAGGAGAUCAUCCUGGGGAGGAGAUUGAAAACAUGGACUCUUUGGACAUAGCAAAUGCAGAUCUAUUGACCAGAGCUCACACUUGCCUCAACAAUUCUAUCUAUUCAUUAGAUUUCCAGUGCACCAACAAUAGGGCAGAGUAUGAGGCUCUAAUCAUAGGCUUAGAGAUGCUGGUGGAACUAGGAAUCCAAUCUGUGGAAAUUUUGGGAGAUUCUAUGCUUGUGCUAAAACAGAUUGCUGGAGAAUACAAAUGCCUAAGUCCUUCUCUGGCUAUGUACUUAGUAGCAGCUAGGAAUCUUCUAAUAGAAUUCUGA